AAAAGACUAAGAUAUAAAGAAAACAUAGUAUAGGCUUCUUUGUUACGGCUGCUUUUUGUUUCAUUGUACGCCACGGAAGACGUUUCUGUCACAGAACUACCAGUAGCUAUUAAAUAUUGAGGAUUCUAAACGAGAAAUGUCAAUUUGGGACAGUAUCUAGCGUGGCGGCAGCAGUGCACGCGCAGGUCCGAUUCAAACAGGUGGAAAGAGUGGGACAGUAGCCUACUAUCGCGUGACGGCGGCUCGCGAAGGAGGUCUAUUUUAACCCGCAUAGCGUUUUUAUUUCAAACCUCAAUAUUAAAAUAAUUCGAGUCGUUUUUGCUAAACAUUCUCGCGCCCGUAUGACAUCAACGUGGUUGUGUCAGACAUCCCAUAAUAGAACGCUGUCUCGCGCCGGUCGUUUGAAAAGUGGGCCGUUAAAGUCUGUUACGCCGAGCUCUUUUUUUACUCCUUUCUGGAGCCAGGAAGAUUUGUGCGUGUGUGUGGUUUUUUACAUUUUUGGUAUUGACCCUCGGGGCUUUUCCCCACUUGCCUCGAGCCGUUUACGCACAGGUGGGAGAUACCGAGAUACCCGUUUGGUAGGACGGCCCCCUCUCUCAGUUCCUCAGCGGAUGAUGUGUGCAAGUGACAUUUGUCGUUGCGGUUUGGGACAGUAGGCGAGGCGUCUCUGCAAACAGGUGUGUGACUGCCCGAAACAGGCACAUAGAAUACGACUUUUUUCGCCUUGUUUAGCGGAGGUGGACCUCCAGCAACGGUGUCGAAGCGAUUAUCCUCGUAGCGGGACAGGGAGAGGAGGGGGAGUCAACUAUCAUUUUCAGGCUUUGUAGUUGCAUUUGAUCGUUUCGAAAGGUGCUCGCGGCUCACAAAGAGGAAGGGAUGGCAACUAAGAAACCAUGCGCGGAUUUAACAAAAAGGAGCCGAAGUCCCGUCGUGCUGGAGGCAGAGAUGUUCAGCGAAUUUCAGGACUGGUGUCUCCGGACUUACGGAGACUCUGGUAAAACAAAGACCGUCACGCGCCGAAAAUACAACAAAAUAAUGCAGACCCUGCUACAGAACGAGGAGUCGGACGGUGUCUAUGUCGACAACAGCCACAUCAACGCCAAAUUCAAAUUCUGGGUGAAGUCCAAAGGCUUUCAGGUCGGCAGCAUCAUCUUGGGCGAGCACAAUAAGAAAGAGCCAUCGGGGAAGCCCGUCCUGUACGUCCCUGUCAAGUCUACGUGUUCAGAUGGAGGGGCGGCCCAGGACAGCUCUUUGAAGCGGGUUGCUGUGGUGGAGGAUUUUUUUGAUAUCAUCUAUGCCAUGCACGUCGAGAUGGGGGCAGAUCCCGGACGAGCACCCAAACACGCCGGCCAGAAAAAGACAUAUAAGGCGAUUGCAGAGACCUACGCAUUUCUUCCACGUGAGGCGGUGACCCGUUUCUUGAUGAGUUGUGGAGAAUGCCAGAAAAGGAUGCACAUCAACCCCAGCACGGCAGAGUUCAAAGAGAAUGACCGGCCCACCUCUCUGGUCCCAGACCUCAUUGAUUACAACAUGCCUCUCACUGCCACCUAUCUAAAACAGAUGAAACUACAGUGCAUGAACACCAACGAGCAGGAUGAGAGUUCGGUAAGCAGUGAGGAUUUGGUCAUGGCUGAGCCCGCGUGGGUCUCUACUGAGCGUGCUCCAGCCGCAGAGCCUAGCAGCCCCACCGCCCCAUACACAGAGAGGAUGCCUACACCCCCACAGCCCAGCAUUAAAGAGGAAGAAGAUGAUUCCUCCUCAGAGAACGGCAGCACAGCUAACGGUCUCCCUGCACUGACUCCGCCUAGUGGUGCUUCCAUGGCGACAGGAGGAGUUCCUGCAUCUGAGGGGGUGGUUCCAUACGGAGAGGUGAACGGUAAUGGUGCUGCAGCGCCACUGGACUUCAGCACAAAUUUAUCGCCCUCUUCUUCACAGGAGGGACAGCAGCCUGUCAACCUAAGCGACAGACUGUUGCCCGGGGGGAUGCUCGGAUCCUACACAACUGACCUCAAGAGAAAAUUCCCUGUCAAAACUGAGUACGGUAACAAGUCCCCUCAGUACAGCUCAGGAAGCUAUGACUCUGUGAAGACAGAACUGAGCAUGUGUGGGGAGGACGUGACCCCCGGUCGCUCUCAGGUCAUAGAUGAUGACGACGAUGAUCACGAUGACCAUGAUGACAGCGACAAGAUAAAUGACGCUGAGGGCCUGGACCCUGAACGACUUAAAGCUUUUAACAUGUUUGUGCGGUUGUUUGUGGAUGAGAACUUAGACCGGAUGGUUCCAAUCUCAAAGCAGCCCAAAGAGAAAAUCCAGGCCAUCAUUGAGUCCUGCAGCCGCCAGUUUCCAGAGUUCCAAGAACGUGCUCGCAAACGGAUCCGAACCUACCUCAAAUCCUGUCGCCGCAUGAAGAAGGGUGGCUUUGAGACACGGCCCACACCCCCUCACCUCACCUCCGCCAUGGCUGAGAACAUCCUUGCAGCAGCAUGUGAGAGUGAAACACGUAAUGCUGCUAAGAGGAUGCGCCUUGACAUCUGUCAGGAUGAGCCAGCUGCAGUAGACAAGCCUAACUCCAGAGACCCGGCUGCUCUGGCUCACUCAGGCUUCACACUGGCCGCCUCGGCCUACUCCCAGGACCAACUCUACACCAAUGGUGGACUUAAUUACAAUUUCCGUGGAUACGGGACCAUUGGCAACAGCCUCCAAAACAGUGGUACAUCACAAACCAAUGGUCCCACUGAUCUCAGUAUGAAAUCUUUGGCAUCCAACAGCACUUCCUCCUCCAGUUCAAACAGUCAUGGUCAGGGUGGAGGAGGCGGAGGGGCAUCUGCCCAGCUCAGCCCGCCCGAGGUCACGGCGGUUCGGCAACUGAUUGCAGGCUAUCGUGAGUCUGCGGCCUUCCUGCUCCGCUCUGCUGACGAGCUCGAGAACCUCAUUCUGCAGCAGAACUGAGAACUGCACACAGGCUGGUGCUGCCCGUCUUUCUCUCAUUAACACACCUACACAAAAUUACACACUAUGAAAGGAAAGAUACAUGUAGCUAUGUGCACUUAUGUACAUAUACACCUAAAGCCCAUAGGCGGAGUUUGACUUCACUUGGGGGGAGUGAAAAGGGAUGAUCAGCAGAAGCUCUAUCUGAAGCGCAUGUACAGGGUACAAAAUUGAGAGCAUUUACCAGCCGUAAUGAUCUCAGGUCCACCGGCCAUUAACCUGUAUUUUGCAUAAUUAUUAUUUUUUUUAAUACAACUUUAGUUAUUAUUAUUAUUAUUAUUAUUAUUAUAUUUUCAGGAAACAGCACAGGUCAUUGUUUCACUAACUGCACCAUACAUUGGCCAAUUUCUAUAUAAAAUACUACCUCUCAUAAAAAAAUAAAAAAUUAAAAACUUGGUUUUUAUUUCAAUAUUUAUUACAGUUUAUUAAUGUAAUAAAAUGUUACAAAUAAAAACCAUGUAUUAUGUUGCCAUUCCAAAUAAAGUUACCAGCCAAAUUUUCCUUGGCAAAUAGAUUUUUUCUUUUGGCUUAUACUAUGUAAAGCGCUUUACACAGACUUGUUAAUGCACAUAGAGGGAAUAAACGUACUUAAACAGAAACUGCAGUCACUAGAAACAAUAUUUAAGGCACUUGACUUGACUUGUUAAUUCUAAUGCAUAGCAAAGAGAUUAGAACAAUAGCCAAAUUGAUGACACAGGCCUACAAAAAGUGUUCACUCAUUUAGCCCACAACAUCAUUAAUAAAAAGAUAAUAUAUUUAUUAAUAUAAUUUAUUGAAUAAUUUAAAAGAACUUAUUCAUAUAUUUAUUAAUAUCAUUUUAUUUGUAGAUUUGUAGAUUUACACAAGCAGAGAUAAAACCAUUUCAGCUCCAGACACUCGAAUCCCCCUACACCCCUCAAGCUCUGCCUAUGUUCUUUCUAAAAACCUACCUAUCACACAUUGCUCACGACAGCUUUAUGUCCAUGAUAGUGUCUUUAUCAAAUUUCCUCACCUUAGAGUCCAGCAAUGCCUUCUCCUUUUUGGAGGGCUGAGAUGACUUGUUAAUUGUUGUUUUGUGAUAAGAUGAUCAGAGAACACAAAGCAAGAGGUAUCUGUUGCAAAGAGCACAAUCACACAGUGAAAGAUAUCAAUCCACCAGAGAGAUUCCAGACCUUUGAGACAAAAAAAAAAAAAAAGAUAUAGCUGUAAAUUUAGGAGAGACGACCAAAACAAGUUUACGCUAUGGCACAAAAUAUUAGUAUCAGAAUAGAUUCCUGUAUGUCAAUGCCAUCUUGUUAAUUUGAAAAGCUCCUCAGAUGUUUAAGUUGUUCAGUUACCAUAGACAUAUCCAUGCAGCAGCAGAUUUAGCCAUUUUAGAUAUAGAACAGAUCCAAGAGAAAUAGGGGUUUUGUAAGAUCUCUCUUCUUCUGUUCAAUGCUAAUGAGGUUUGGGGAGAAGGUGCAAUGUAGAUGAUAAUCGUUAUAGUGUGUCAGUGUCCGAAAAUGUAUAAUUUUCAAUCAUAAACACAUUACCAGAUGUCUUUUGUACAUAUAUAUAUAUAUAUAUUUUCCUCAUUCAUAGAUAAGAUUUUUCAUCCUAGCUUACACAUGCACAAAUAAAAAGAAACCCUAAUUAGUGAGCGCAAAAAAAGAAGAUGCUAAAAUUCUAUUGGCUGGGGAUGUUUGACAUUAUGCAAAUGAAGCUGUGCUGAAUGGAAUGUUUCGAACUCCUCUCCUACAUGCUCAAUUGUGUUGGCAAACCUCCAUCCUCAGUACAUCAAUGCAUUGUAGGAAAAUGUCUCGCAGGAACAUAAGUGACAUCAACCUUCCAGAAGGGAGGGCCAAAAAUGAACUUGUUAAAAAAAAAGGGGUGGGGGGGCAUGGACAUUUCCAAUGCUGCAUUAUAUCGCAACACAUUUUUAUUAAGUUGUGAAUGCUGCUCUUUUUUUCUAACCUCAUGACUGAGACACUUUCAUCUUCACGGGGACCAAUCAAAACAGAGGGACUUAACAUCCUGUUGGCACACAUACUGUAUGUGCAUAGUAAGUUUGAGAGAAAGGACCUAAUGUUAGUGGAAGAGAAAUAAUGGUGACAUUAUUCCUUUCCAGUCAGCAACACCCAAGAGCUUGAGAGGCACUGACUGGUGGACUAAGGUAGCACUAUCCACAGGAACUAAGUGUAGAACAUUACUGACGUAUUGCCCCUCAAACACCAGCCUCGCUCUUCCUACUGUUUGCAUUUUCUCAUGUUCACAAAUGCCAUCAUUAAAAAAAAAACUGUAUUAAAAAAAGCAAAAGACAAUCCUGAACAAUUGAGACUUGAUCCCUUGGAAAAUGGCAUAGUGUUGUGUGAGAUCUCACGCUGACUCUCUAGCCUUCAGUGGAGUGGUGACAAUACAGAGCCUUCAAGUCUUGUAGCCAUAGCUUGAACUGUGUCCUCACUCUGCAACAUGAUUAUGUCUGAUUACAUUUCCCUCUGUUUAGCUGCAAACAUUCUUUUUUUAAUUAUCUGGAUUUAUUUAUUUCUCUCUGUCCAUUCCAUUUGUGCUUUAUUUGUUGUUUUGUAUUACUUUUUAUGUAACAACUCUUUAAAGACACUGACGGUCUGAAGGGGAAUCAUUUGUGCCAGUCUCAACAUUCCAAAUGUAAAACAUGCAUCUUCGAUUGGUCUCCAAAUGACUGACAUCCAAAUGAUGCAACUUGUAAAGAAAAAAUCAAACUUAAGUUGUCUGCAACAGCUUAGUUUUGAUACGUGGCUCAAAGCCAGCUUAUUACCUCUUACUUAUUGCAUUGAAAUAGAUUCAGUGAUGAACAGAUAAAAUGACAUGUGCAGGAUCAUUAGUUAAUUUAUAUUCAGUAACACUUUAUAAAUUAUUCAAUUGGUUAACAUGGUAGCACUUUACCAUCUGUGGAGGAAAAACGUUUAUGGGAUGAAGCCUUAAAACCGCCUAAAUUAUGAAAUGCAGCUGACCAUUCUCAAGCCAUAAUGUUCUAUCUUUAUUUGCUUUGCAUUAUAAUUAUUUGUUCUCUUACACCAUGCAGGAAAAUGUGAGCUCAUCCAACAUUGGACUUUGAGCUGAGAAAAGAAAACUAUAUCUUGGAUUUUUCUCAUUAUAUGGUGAUUGCAAGAAAACAAGCAUUUGAAUUUAUCUACUUCAUAGUGUUGGUGUCUUGAGAGUCCAAAAGUUGUACUACUGUAGGCCAUUGAUAUUUGUUUACUGUAUGUUUUUGUACUUUUUUGUUCCUAAAUGACAUUAGAAGUGUUAGAGUUUCAGGAAGCUGUCUGGACAUUUCAGGUUGGUGAACACAAGACGUGAAAAGGCAAGAAAAAACAUUUUUAACACCUUUUUUUUUUAACCGUGCAGCUAAACUCUGCAGUCAAAUGUCGUAACAACCAUUGCCUGUGAUAUAUUUUAAUUUUGUGGUGCUUUGUAAUAUUAUUAUGAUUAUGGUAUUUUAUUUGUUUUUACUCCUGUACUUACUAGAAACUGUAAGCUGAUGCUCAGUUUCUCUUUGUAUACCAAUGUGAAGCUUUGUAUAAUUUCUUUCUGGUUUUUUGACUCAGUGGAAAUGUGUGAUGUUUACAUGUACAGAAUUGAAGAUUUUUUUGUUGUUGUUGGUUUUGUUUGUCCUAUUAAAGCCCUGCCUAUAUUGUCCUGUUGUGACCCCAUAAUGUGCUUUUUACUUUAAAUCAAAUCUGAACGGAGGACAACAUGGACAUGCUGAACUUAAACCACAGUAAAGGCCUUUGCACACUUCUGUGCAUCAAUCUCUGUAUCUUUAUUUUCUCAGAAGUUGUUACUUUAAUCCAUGCAAAUGUUUUUUAAAGACAAUUAAGAAUAUAGUGUGAAUUGUUAUUAGCUAUGCUUUUGUUUUUCCUUUAUCAGACUUUAGUUUCACAUCCAGUGAAAAAAUGUUAUCUGUGUAAGGGCCUUUAGACAUGUGGUUGUCACUACUGAUGGUAGAUGCCGAGGAUCAGAGAGAGGAGGGACUUAUCAUCAACUCAAAGGGCACCACUAAUUUUCUUCUCCACAAAUGUGGGAGUAAAAUGCCCCUUUACAGUAGUUCCCUUAGUUAUGCCUGUUCUAAAGAAAAAGCAAAAGAUAAAACUUGAUUUCAUAUCAUUUUUAUUACUGGGAAUAUAGAAUGGGGCAUUGUGUUUGGGACAGGGCAGAUCCACCCCACUCAUAAACAAACUGACCUGUGCUCUUUUACCUCUGUCAGAAGCCUCUCAGCUAGUGAGGAAGCCAUUCCCUUUACACUGUUCUUAUGUAUGGGACACAUGCAAACCUCAGGAACCCUUUGGAUCUGUUACUUUUUUUUAAACAGGUCUGUACGUCUUGGUUGAUGAGUCCUCCCUCUCUUCAAUAUCAACCCAGUUAUAUUGGAUUUGCUUGUAAGUGUUUUGUUUGUUUAUAUGUAUAUAUAUGUAUAUAUAUAUAUAUAUAUAUAUAUAUAUAUAUAUAUAUAUAUAUAUAUAUAUAUAUAGUGAUUUUAAAGUGAAUCCAGUACAUGUGGCUGAAUAUUGGAAUUCUUUAGAAAAGUGUUGAUAAACAUAAAUAUAUAUAUGUAUGAUAAAGUGCACCUAAAAGAUGGAGAAUAUGGCAGGUAAAAUUAAUUUCUGUUGGUUUAAUGUAUAAAAAAAGAAAAGAAAGAAAAAGCACAGGUGGGUGAUUUUCCUGCCUUAUACAUAUCACUUUGCUGAGAGACUCAUUCUCAAAAAGGCGUUUUAAAUUUUUCGGUGUGGUGUCAUCGCUGUGGUCAGAGAGAGCACCUGCAACCCGGGUUGCUCUUUCCUCCAGAGCUGUCUGAAUAAAAUCUGUGGACUGGA